GGAGGGGUGUCUAGGGUGGAAGAUGGGCGACGAGGCUGUGUGGCCGGAGAUGACUUCUGUGUCCGCCCGAGUUCCGCGGUGACACCAGCUAUAGCCCCGACCCGCCCCAGAGCCUGGUCUCGAGGAAUGCCCGAGAAGGCUGCCUCCUAGUGCACGCGCCGUCUCCGGGCCUGCCCUUAUUCAGUCUCCAGACAUCCAGUCUGAGGCUUCAGAUAUGAGUUACCAACAAGAGGAACACAGGAUGUAGGACCUCAAAUUAACUACGUCAUCCAAAAUAAAUUUACACGGGCCAUGGCACUCAGGAACAAGACAAUUCACAUGAGAUAAGAAGAGGCCUCAGGAUCAGGAAUGCAUUCUCAGUGUACAGACCUUUGAACAGAAGCCUCUCCACAGAGCGGCAGGACAGAGAAGUCACAGCACACAGCAAGUGUCCCAGAAGCAGCAGAAAAUGAUCAAGUCACAGGUGUCAUUUGAGGAUGUGGCUGUGGAUUUCACAUUGGAGGAAUGGCAGCUGCUUAAUCUUACUCAAAAGAACUUAUACAGAGAUGUGAUGUUGGAGAACUACAGCAAUCUAGUUUUCUUGGGGUAUCAAAUUAUCAAACCGAAUGCAAUUUUCAAGCUGGAACAAGGAGAAGAGCCAUGGAUAAUAGACGAAGAAAUGAUAAGUCAGAACUUCUCAGAAGUCUGGCUAGAUAAUAAUCACAAUAUGAGGCACGAGGAUAAUCAAGACAAGCUUAAAAGUAUGGAGAGAUGCCAUGAAUAUGAUGUUUUGGGGAAAAUAUUUCAUUCAGGCAUGAACUUUGCUCAUUUAGCAACGAGACCGCAUAAAUAUGGCACAGGUGGAAAAAAUUUAAAACAUCCUUUCGAUUUAAUUAUUCCAAAAAGUCACUGUGGAAGAAUGCAACUUGAUGCUUUUAAUAAGAAGUUAUUAUUCCAUAUCAUACCAGACAGAACUCAUGAUGGAAUAAAAUACUGUGAUUGCAAUAAAUGUAGACAAACCAGCAGUAAAGAGUCAUGGCUUAUUACAAAUCAUAUAACACACAGAGGAGUGUAUUUAUGUAUGGAAUGUGGCAAAGCUUUUAAUAAGAGGUCACAGCUUAUUAUACAUCAGAGAACACACACAGGAGAGAAACCCUACCAGUGCAGUGAAUGUGGAAAAGCCUUCUCACAGAAGUCAUUGCUCACUAUACAUCAAAGGACUCAUUCAGGAGAAAAACCUUAUGGGUGUGGUGAAUGUCAGAAAGCUUUCAGUAGGAAGUCCUUGCUCAUUUUACAUCAGAGAACUCAUACAGGAGAGAAACCCUAUGGAUGCAGUGAAUGUGGAAAAGCCUUCAGCAGGAAGUCACAGCUUAAAAGGCAUCAGAUAACCCAUACAAUAGAGAAACCCUAUGGAUGCAGUGACUGUGGGAAAGCUUUCUCCCAGAAAUUAAAGCUUAUUACACAUCAGAGAACUCAUACGGGAGAGAAACCCUAUAAAUGCAAUGAAUGUGGGAAAGCCUUCUUUUGGAAGUCACAGCUUAUUACUCAUCAGAGGACUCACACAGGGAAGAAACCCUAUGCGUGUAGUGAGUGUAAGAAAGCCUUCAGCAGGAAUUCACUCCUCAUUAGACAUCAGAGGAUUCAUACAGGAGAGAAGCCCUAUGAAUGCAAUGAAUGUGGUGAAGCCUUCAUGAGAAAGCCACAGCUUAUUAAACACCAGAUAACUCAUACAGGAAAGAAGAACUAUCAAUGUAGUGAUUGUGAAGAGGCCUUCUUUAAGAAGUCAGAGCUAAUCAGACAUCAGAAAAUCCAUUUAGGAGAGAAACCCUAUGGAUGUGUUGAAUGUGGAAAAACCUUCUUUGGGAAGUCACAACUCCUAACACAUCAGAGAACGCAUACUGGAGAAAAACCUUAUGAAUGCAGUGAAUGUGGGAAAGCCUUCACUCAGAAGUCAAGCCUGGUAUCACAUCAGAGGACACACACAGGGGAGAAACCCUAUGAGUGUGGUGAAUGCAGGAAAACCUUCAGUGAAAAGUCAAGUCUCAUCCAUCAUCAAAGAACCCACACAGGGGAAAAACCCUUUGAAUGUGGCGAAUGUAGGAAGGCUUUUGCCUGGAAGCCACAACUCAUUAGGCAUCAGAGAAUUCAUACAGGGGAGAAACCCUAUGAAUGCAGUGAAUGUGGGAAAGCGUUUGUUCAAAAAGUGCAGCUUAUUAAACAUCAGAGAAAUCACACAGGAGAGAAAACCUAUGGAUGCAGCGAUUGUGGAAAAGCUUUUUUUGAGAAGGCACAGCUUAUUAUACAUCAGAGAAUUCAUACAGGAGAGAGACCCUAUGAAUGUGAUGAAUGUGCAAAGUCUUUCACUAGAAAGUCACACCUCAUGAGGCAUCAAAGAAUUCAUACAGGAGAAAAAUACUAUGGACGCAAUGAAUGUGAGACCACCUUCAAUAGGAAGUCACAGCUUAUGAUACAUCAGAAAAAUCAUAUAAGGUAGAAACCAUAUGAGGGCAAUGAAUGUGGAAAGCCAGUCUUAGAUGUCAUACCCUUUAACACUUGUGAAGAGAGUGUUUCUCACUACAGAAGAGAAAACUUAUCAAUGCAGUUACUGUUGAAAAAGCUUUCAUGGGGAGUCUCACUAAACAGAAUUCAUAAAGGACAGAAUUUGUAAAAAGUAAAGAAUGUAAAAAGCCUUCCCCCAGCAGUCACAGCUAGUUACACAUAAGGUAACUCAUCAAGGUGAAAGUUUUAUCAAUACUGUAUGGUACAAAAGCUUUUAGUCAGAAGUUCUCAGCUCAUUAAACUGAGGAUCUAAACAGGAGAAAAACUAUUGUUUUAACAAGUGAGCAAAAAGAUUUCAUCAAGAAAUGACAACUCAUUAUACACCAGAGAAUACUUAAAACCCAUUGCAGCUGAGUCCAUUCCAACUUGUAGGGACCCUAUAGGAGAGAGUAGAACUGCCCACUGGGUUUCCAAGGAUAUAAAUCUUUACGGAAGCAAACUGCUAUCUUUCUCCACUAGAGCAGCUGGCGAGUGCAAACUGCCGACCUUUUGGUUUAUAGCCAAGCGCCUAAUGACUACAGGAAAUGCUGAAUAUUGUAUAUUAGAGAUUUCAUACUAAGGAAUAGCCCUAAUAAUUUAAAGAGUUUGAGAAGCAUAAUCCCAUUAAAAUAAUUCUCCAAGGAAAUUGUGUUCACUGUAUGUAAAUUAUUACAAAAUUUGACAACUCUAAAUAGUAACUCUGUUUACUAAGGGUGAAGAUUUCUUCUGUCAGCCACAAUAGAAUGACAGACCAGAUUUACUCUCCUGCCACGAACAGCUAGAAACUAUACAAUACAUAUGAAAUAAUGGUUUUCAAAUACAUGACAAGCACAGGUGUGAGAUCCCUGGGAGAAAGGAAAUAAGGUGAGGUGGGCCCUACAAUGGCCUAGCUAACUGCCUAGUGGCAGUUUUUAGGUGGCAGUUCAGGGAGGGGAACAGUCUUGCUGGCUUCAGAAGACACAAUUAGUGCAAGGAGUCGAGAAUUUGCAGCAAAGAGUACUAGAGAAGAGGGAAUUUGCCAGAGACAGAGCAAGCUCCAGAAAUCUGCAGGGUCCCCUUUAACACUUUGAAACUUCCUGAGGCCAGGAAAAGAACCUCUAGAAAGCAUAGUCUGAACAGUUCCAGGAUCUCACACAGGGCUAGAAAUAGUUCAUGUUCCCACCAGCCAGAGCAGAAAGAACUUAUGUGUGAGGCAUCAGGUAGAAUUCUCAGAAUGGUAUUGUUUUAGUAGUGAGGCUAAAUUAUCCCUAGAUUAAAGGCUGCUCUGGACCCACCCUAACAAAGCUUAAUCAAGCCUGUAAAGGACCUAAUUAAUUCCAUGUAACUUAAUUGUACACCAGUGCAAAAUCCAACACUGUAAAGGAAUACAACAAAUCAUAGCACCAACAAGGUAGAAUUCACAGUGUCUGGCAUGCAAUAAAACUUAUUUGGCAUACAAAGAAGCAGGAGAAAAAUAGAUCAAUAGAAACAGACCCAGAAAAGACAAAGAUGAUGGAGUUAAUAGAAAGGAUGUUAAAAUAGCUAUUAUAAAUGGAAAGUAGAGGAGACAUGAACUUGAUGAAACCUAAGGUGGAAGAUGAAAGAAGGAGUCCAGGUGGAACUUUUAGGGAUGAAAGCAACAAUAUUUGAAAUUAUACAUAUCUACAUUAUGUAUAUAAUGAAUUAAGAACAGAUUAGACACAGAAGAUCAAUGAACUUGAACAGUAAGAACAGAAACUAUCCACGUGACGUGUGGAUUGAAAAAAGACUGGAAAAAAGAGAACAGAGAAUCAGAGUGGUGAGAUAUACACAUAAUUAGUCCUGGUAGGUGCUGAGAGAGAAGGGAGCAGAAAAGUACUUGAAUAAAUAAUGACUGAAAAAUUCCCAAAUGUGAUGAAAACUAUAACCUUACAGAUUCAGUGUGCUCAGAGAACCCCAAGCAGAAGAAACAAAACUACACUUAAGUCACAUUUUCUGAAAAUCAGUGACAAAGAGAAAAAUUUUGAAGCACCUAGAGAAGGAAAAAAAAAAAAGACACAAUACAUA